AGUAUAUUCCUUUAUCAAAUAAUUCGUUUUUAAUUAUAAUCUCUUUUAAAUAUACUUUUCAAGAAAAUAUGAUUUCUACGUGUAACAAAUGAAUUUAUAUGAUGACUAAUCAUGACGUAUAGAUCAGUCUAAACAAAAGCAAAGCUCAUGUCAGCGGAACGUGGUUGAUUUAAAAUCGCGUUAUCUUUUAUUGUAAUCAUACCAUUCAGGUUAGGCUAUGUCGAUGUGUACACUUGCAAGUACUUCUUAUAAGUUAUAACUAACGACAUUCGCAUGCAAUGUGUCAAAUAGACACGUUUGUUAACAUGCACCUUUGUAUUUAUUUAACAGUAGAGUAAUAUAAACAUUUCAUAAGUAUGGAUUAUAUUGCCUUUAAUUUCAGCUCUAGUCUACAUGACACUCCGUCUACAGAAAAAUGCAUUCCAAUACCAAGACAUAAUGGAACACUAUUACCUGAUGUUUAUGCAGGCAUUCCUGAGAACCUGUUUCUAAAUUUUAUUGGAUUUUCGCUUCUUGUUAUUUUGUUUGGUUUGUUACGCAAAAAGGCAUGGAAUUAUGGACGUCUCGCAUUAUUUAAUAAAACAGAUGAAAGAUGGAUGGAAUUAUUUUAUGGAGACAAUGAGGGUAGAGACACAGAAGCUUUAUGUAUAGAAACUUCUGUUAAUUCACAGCUUUCUCAGGUCGAUAGAGGUUUCUUAUCAUGGAUUGUUACUGCAUUCAGAGUAACCGAUGAUGAACUAUUGAAGCGAGCAGGACCUGAUGGUUUACUUUAUAUAUCAUUUGAGCGUCAUUUAAUCAUCUUAACCUGUUUGAUGGUUAUCGUAUCCUUAUGUAUAAUUUUACCAAUUAAUUUUCAUGGAAACAUGCAAGGAGACAAAACAACAUUUGGUCACACGACAUUGUCCAACUUAGAUCCAACGUCUACAUGGAUUUGGGUGCAUUCGAUACUCAUUUUAUUCUAUUUACCAGUGGGUGGUUACAUUAUGAAACAUUUUUUGAAAAAAGUACGAGAUGCUAAACAUGGUGGUGAGUUAGCAGCUAGAACACUGUUGAUUACAGAAAUACCAAAACAUCAAUGCAAAGUUGAAACACUUAUUGAUUAUUUUAAAGAAGCAUUUCCUACUUUAACAGUAGAAGAUGUUACAUUAGCAUAUGAUAUUAAGCGACUUUCAGCAUUAGACACAGAAAGGGAUUGCGCUGAACAAGCACGUUUAUAUUGUGAAAAUUAUGCAAAGAAGAGAGAACCUUUAAAAAUGUAUCCGUAUCCAUGUGGCCAAAUGAUGGGUUUCUGCUGCAAACGUCAAAUUGAUGCUCAUGAUUUUUAUAUGAAUGAAGAAAUACGAUUGAGUGCAUUAGUCGAAGAAGAAAAAAGGCUAUCAUUGAGUAGGCCUUUAGGAGUAGCUUUUGUGACUUUAGGUACACCUGGCGCAGCUAAAACGAUGCGUAAACAGUUACGCUCGUCACCUAGUAUAAAAUGGGUUGUAGAUUAUGCGCCAACACCAUCCGACAUCUUUUGGGAAAACCUGAGUAUACCAAGACCAUAUUGGUAUGUGAAUGCGGUGUUAGUCAAUUUUGCUUUGGGUAUCAUACUAUUCUUUAUUACUACACCAGCUGUAAUAGUGUCUGCUCUGAACAAAUUACCAAUUACAGGAGACAUUAAGAAUCUUAGCCCAGUAGUUUCAUCUUUCCUUCCAACCGUAGUGUUGGUCAGUGUAGCUGCUUUAAUGCCCGUAUUAGUGGCAAGAAGUGAAUCGUUAGUUCGACAUUGGACCAGAAGCAGUUUAAAUCGGGCGUUAAUGACAAAAACAUUACUUCUGUUACUACUUAUGGUUCUUAUAUUACCUAGCUUAGGAUUAACCAGUGCUCAGGCAUUUUUAGAGUGGACCGUGAACCCUCUGAAUGACACAGGAAGAUGGGAUUGUGUAUUUUUACCAGAUCAGGGUGCUCUAUUUGUAAAUUACGUUAUUACCGCGGCCUUACUUGGAAGUGGAUUGGAAUUGGUCAGAUUCCCAGAACUAGCGAUGUAUACCUUCAGGCUGUGUAUGGCUCGUAGUAGAGCAGAAAGAGUACACGUUAGAAAAGCAGUGUUAUGGGAAUUUCCUCUGGGUGCUCAUUAUGCUUGGUUAGUCUUAGUUUUUACUAUGACGACGGUGUACAGUUUAGCCUGUCCAUUAAUUACUCCCUUUGGGCUGCUGUAUCUUGUAGUGAAACAUUUGGUGGAUAGGCAUAACUUGUGCUUCGCGUACGGACCAAGUGUUGGCGGCGGCCAGUUAGCAGGGGCAGCGGCAAACGCCACCGGAGCCGCUCCAAUUUUGGCUCAAGCCGCAUUAUUGGCGCUGGGCUUAGUAAGAAAAGGUUUAUCACCGUUAGCCGCUGUACAACUUAGCGGUUUUGCAGCAAGUAUUUUGGGCCUUGUUACUGGAGCUACCUUGCCUUCAUCGAAGUCAAAGACACAAGCGGUGAAAAGGGAUUUGUCAGGUGGACAAAAUUUUAUUGCACCGGUAUUGAGAGAAAAACAAGUUUCUAUGGAGGAAACUGUGUCUGCCAGAACAAUUUCAGAUCUCAAUUUGCCUAGUUUAAGAAGUACUAGUACUUCUUCGAUACAAGAGAGUCCGAAGCUUUAUCAGAAUUAUGGUAAAGAAUCGACAGCAUGAUUGUUCUUUUACAUUUAAGAAUUCGAAUCGUGCAAUUAGAGAAUUAAAGUCGUUCAGUGUAAAUGCAGUGAAGUAUGAUACAUGCUCUAAUUUAUUAUAAUUUUGUGCAUUGUGAUACGAUAUAUCGUAUAUUGAAUGUGAUCGACACGUUUCGGAAAUGAAACCGAAUUCACUUAUUACAUUGUCGGUAUAACAUUGAAAUUAUCCAAACAGUACUACUUACUUAGUAUAUCAUUUUUUGUUUACCAGAUCUUUUUUUGUAUGGAAAGAUUCAGACUUGAUUAACGACCGUCAAGAAGGAAAUUCAUUUCUCCUUAUAUUAAUUUAAAAGAAUUUUUAAAUAAUAUAUUAUCUAAUUAGUUAUAUUAUAAUAAUAACAACGACAAGAAGGACGGUUUAUGUUAUUAUUUAUCUGCAUUUCCUAUUUUCGUAAGAGAUAUUUGCAAAAGUUAUUCCUCUAUUGUUUUAUUGUGUGUCUUUUUUCCACAUUAAUUUUUUAUCUGCACCCAGUUUAAACACAUAUUAUUCGAAUAAAAAGAACUGUUACAUCGUGACACCUAAUGAAUAAGAUUCGUAUUCAUUUCACGAUGGAUUCUACAAGGCGUUCGACUGUGUGUAGCUCUUUAAGGAAUAACUUUACAAGCCAAACUAAGAUAAAGUUAAGAAAGCAAAAAAUCUCCCCGUUUUUGAGUUAUCGGCGAUUAUAAUUCAUCUAUAGUGGCGUAUCCAUUGUUUCUGUUUUUCGUACGGUAUGUUACUACUUGCGUUUAUACUAUCUGUUUGAUGCGCAACACUAUUGGUGAAUCGUCGUAAUCUCGCCGUUUGUUCAUAGUUUUACUUUGACUUGUAAAAUUACCUCCUAAAAUAACUACUACAUAAACUCGAACGACCAGUACAUCUUGCUUUUGUACUCAGAGCAGAUUUUUAACAAUUCUGGUGAGAAUUUACCAGGAAAGAUACUUUCGCUAAAUAAUACAACAUACGAGGUAUAUGAAAGAAAAUAAAACAAAACAAAUUCAUAAUUGUACAAAUAAUCAGAAAUCAGCAACCCAUAUAAAAACAUUAUAUGUAUUUGCAUCCACUUCACUGAAAGAAUUUUUAACUGUACUUCAGAUUAUUAAUAAAAUCGUACUAAGGAUAAAGACUGUCAAGUAACAUAAAUAAUAAUAAUUUUUACUUAUAUUACAGACAAUUUUUUUAGGUGCAUUAAUUUUUCAUCUUGCAUUUCCAUUGACGACUCGCUUAUUCGUAUAUACAAUUUCAAGUACACAAACAAAACCACUAUUGAGAAAUUUAUGAUAUCCUCUUGGCUCUACGAUAUUCACAUCUACGCUGUGUUCUAUGAAAUGAUUUUUCUAUCUAUUGUACAUUAUCGAGUUUUAACUGGACAAUGAAUAAUAAUACAAUUUGAACGAAUUUAUGAACGGGAUUCAUUCGCUCACGUAGAAAAAGGAUACUUUUAACUUCAUCAUCGUGUAAUAUUGGAUAAUGAUUUUGUUUAAUCGUCGCCUUAACGCUAAGUACCCUUAAAAAUAACAUAUUUCGCAUGAUACAAAUGUUUUAAAAUAUACAAGGCAGUGUAAAGAUAUAUAAUUGUUUCAACGGUGGAGAAAGUGUUACUCAACCGAUUCAAAUUGUUCACAUUUGGAAUAAAGAUUUAAAUGGAAACCAAAUGAUUAGAAACAGGCUAUCUAAUUGGUAUCCGAAUUAUUGUAAAAUUAAAUAUUGGGCCCUCGAGAGUUCAUCCAUAUUGGAGUCUGAAUUAAACCUGACUAAGUCAAGGCACUGAAUUAGUAUGCCACACUGUUUCAAGUUAAAUACUCAACCGCACACUUAGAAAACUGAAAUGUAUGAUUACCACGAACAAGUGUAUACACGUUACAUUUCGUUUGAAGAUGAUCAGAAUUCAGUUCCAUGUCAAUCUGACGAAGCAAAGAACAUUUACGGGAAUAGAUGUUUGCUCUGCUUUCAAAAUAAUUUCUAUGUGGAUACAUAUGUAUAUAACUGUAUAUAAAUGUAUGUAUACAGAUACGAUUACAUACAUUUUUUAUUAACUAAUAAUAAUUCAGAUGUUUCUCGACUAUUUAAAAAACAGGUAUAUAAUAAAUAGAAAAAACGAAUAUACGAAUAAAGGAGGUAUAUCACUGG